GCGAAUAUGAUGGAAAAUUCAUUGCUGAGAUCCAUUUUCAUUUUCCUAUUAUGCGUUGUACUCGCCACAAUAUUUUUUUUCAACAUUGGAUACAAGAAUGAAACGGACGCGUCUACGGAGAGAAUUGUCACAGAGCAAGUUUUCCAUCCCCAAGACUAUCUCGGUGUAGACAAAAUUAAUAUAUCAAAUGAUGAAAUUGCAAAAAAGCUGUUUGAUUCGCAUCCAAACCUCGUGCCAUCUCGCUUAACGGAGUACGGUCCUCGACAAAACGAUUCCUGUGCCCUGUACGUGAACAUGUUGGAUGCCAAUCACAACAACAUUUACUGGCAGGAGCAGCGAGCUGCCAAUGACACUUAUUAUUUAUUCGGCGCUUACCUCGAUAACCGCACGACCCUGAACGCCGAUCCGGCCGUUCGAAUCAUCGCGAUGCUGGACAAGCGCAACCGGACGCAAAACCUUACGUGCCAAUUUUGGUACCAAAAAGAACGAAUGCCGAUUGUUUCAGCCGUGUCAGAGUACCGACAGUUGUGGGCAAAUGCUUCAAACUCGAGCGACAGUGAUUUGCAUCCGUUUUUACUGAGCUGCGUGGUGCCGAAAUUGAAUAACUCCGUGGUGCCAGAGUCGGUCUCCUUGGUGGGCGCACCCUGUCAAAACGCGACCAACAACCUCAGGGUCGUUUACAACGGUGCACCGAACGGUACAAAGAAGGGCUUUGCCGUGUGCGUCACGGCUCUUGGGUUGUCUCUCAGGUCCUAUCUUCCCGUCCUGCCUAUCAGGUUGGUCGAGUGGAUCGAACUGAUUAAAAUCCUUGGUGCCGAGAAGAUCGUAUUUCACGAAAUGAAGACGCAUCCAAAUUUGUCGUCGGUGUUGGAGCACUAUUCAAACGCAGGCGAGGUGGAAGUGUCUGGCUUGUCCCUUCCAGGCUACCUUACAAACGUCCCGGACUUCAUUUUAUCCUACUUGAACACCAAACCACACAUUCGUACGUUCAUCGAGGACCUCGCGUACAAUGACUGUUAUUACAAAUACGUGCACCAGUUUGAAUUCCUUGUAGUGCUCGACAUCUUUGAGGUCAUCAUUCCAAAACUUGCGCCGGAUUGGCGAGCCCUACUCUCUGAACCUGUAAAGAAAUCCCCUGCUUCGUCCUUCACAGCAAAUCGCUCCGUGUUCGUGGACGACAAAGCCGAGUUGCAUGACUGGUCCGCUGAAGUCCCAAAAUAUUUGCACAUGUUGCAGCACGUCUAUCGAAACUUCGAGACAAACGUCACUGCGGAUAUGCCAAUUGAAAAUGCUGUAUUCCACAAAAGCACUUCUCCAUUUUUUUGUGUUAGACAAGGAAGUAAUUGCCGUUCUGAUUUCGUUGACGCCCAACUGCAUAAAUAUUGCGUUGGUAGGGAAGAGGAUGAGUGCAAGACGGAAAGGGGUGCUCAAUUGCAGAUUGACACGACUAUUCGGCGGUUUAAGGGUGAACUAAUUAAGGCAUCAAACAAGGCACUUAAAACUUUAGGACUUGUUAAAUUUACGUGAGGAGUACUUGUUUUAUUUAAUUUUUUGGAAGUGGGGGUAUGA